AUGAGCUCACAGAUAGUGGAUGUGGUUAAAGAAUGCGCCGUGUGUGCUAAGUUCGCCAGCAGCCAAGCAAAGCCUCCUAUGCAGAGUACUGCAGUUCCCGUGUAUCCAUUCCAGAUCGUGUCGAUGGACGUAUUUUUCGCGGAGUACGCGGGCAAACGCAGAAAUUUUCUUGUUACGGUCGAUCAUUAUUCCGACUACAUCGAGGUUGACAUACUGCAGGACUUGUCAGCCCACUGCCUUGUGAAGACCUGUCAGAUUAACUUCGCACGCCAUGGAGUUCCCCAGCUAGUCAUAUCAGACAACGGAACCAACUUUGUUAAUCAGGAAAUGAAGGCAAUGGCCAAAUCGUGGAACUUCCAGCACUCUACUUCCGCUCCGAAUCACCAGCAAGCCAACGGCAAGGCUGAGGCCGCCGUGAAAAUAGUAAAGCGUCUGAUCCAGAAAGCAGAUGAAGCAGGUCAAAGCUUUUGUAUCGUUAAAAGCUCGCAGACAAGCGUCGAAUGGAUUGUUGAAACCGUAAUCAGUCCGGUGAGCCGGCACAGCGACAAGUUGUGA